UAUUUGAUUCGGAAACCCUUUUGCAAGGUCGCAUGUUCCAACGGCUCCUCAAAAACAUUUCCGCUAAUCCGACGUUCGAAUCGCCAUGGAGGAUCAAGCCCGAAUGCAGCCCGUCACCAUCUCGGGUCGCUACCUUUGGACGGGGAACACCAGGGUGAUAAGUCCUUGUUUGAUAUAAAGUCACUUCACGGUCAGCGCGAGUUUCUCUACUAACUGCUGUCUAUGAAGUUCAUGAUCCGAGGGGUCGUAUAUCAACAGCAUGUGCGACAUGGCAAUAUGAAGCACGGCUGCCAUGACCCAUUGGCAGAUGAAAACGUCCAAGAUCUCAAGCUCAGCAUACCCCUUCUCAAAGAGUUAGGGGUCAACACCCUUUUCAUGUAUAUAAUCGACGCCACCAAGAGCCACGAUCAGGCCAUGAGCAUACUUGCCAGUGCUGGUAUAUAUGUCAUUGCGUGCUUGUCGAAUCCCCAGAGCUGUAUCGACCGCACCUCGCCACUCGCGUGCUACACGCCGACCCUCUUGCAGAACUACUUCGCCAUCGUCGACUGCCUGGCGGCGUAUCCCAACACCCUGGGCGUCAUCGUCGCGAACAGUGUCAUCAACAGGGCCGCAGGCACAACGGGAGCUGCCGUCAUCCGUGCCGUGGCUAGAGAUGUCAAGAGGUACAUGGCGCUCGCGGCCGAGCUCAAGGGCCAGAGGGUUCUGCCGGUGGGACUGAGUUCGGCCCGGGUCAUGAGCUUCUUCCGGGACGAGUUCAAGUACUUCACCGGCGGCGACCCGAGCGAGGCCCUCGAUUUCUUCUGCUUCAACGAGUUCUCCUGGGUCGGUAAUUCCUCCAUGGAGAUUUCUGGAUACAGCCGCAUUCUCGAGUUUUUCACAGAAGCCCACGUCCCGGUCUUCUUCUCCGAGUACGGCGCCAAGACCAGCGACCAGGCGAGGCCUUUUCUCGAGACCCUCGCCAUUUACUCCCCGGAGAUGUCGCGGGUGUACUCGGGCGCCUGCGUCUACGAGUUCUUCUACGGUCCAAACCGAUACGGCCUUGUGCAGAAGAACUCGGACGGCACGCUUGAGCCGCUCCAAGACUUCCGGAAUCUGAAGGCGAACCUGGCGCCGUCACCUCCUCCCGCGACUCUUGACGAGUGGGCAUCCAGCGAGCUCACCGCGCCCAAGCGGCCGAACUUGCCCCCGCAGAGCAGCAACUGGAACGGGGAGGCGGUGCUGCCCGACUGUCCGCUGGACUGGGCCGAGAUUCGGUCGCACGUCGAAGACUCUGAUUGGGUCCAUGUCGACCGGGGGACGACGGACACAAUGGUGGAGAGUCUGGCGGGUCUGUUCAAGAAACCGAGUCGAUAUUAGAUAGGUCAGUUCCGCUCGACUCGAGAGUGAUUGAACAAUGCCUUUCCGAGGUUAGCGGCCUCCAAAAUGACAAAGUAGCCAGCCCGGAGAUGGUUGUAGUGAUCCCAGGACUCGAUU